AAGCAAGGCAGAGGCCGGAAACCGCGCCGGGGAGCCGAGUGAGCCGGGCUGUGCAAGCAGCUGACAUCUGCCCCAUUGGGCUAGGACGGUCCUGGGCCUGGUACCGAAAUUCGCUUUCAAUCAGUACGCGGGACCGGCGCCGCCUUCCUUAACGGACAUGUCGCUGCUGCAGUCAGCGCUGGAUUUCCUGUCCGGGCCGGGAGCCGCUGGCCGGGACCAGCACGACUUCGUGGGGCAGACGGUGGAGCUGGGAGAACUGAAGCUGCGGGUGAAGCGAGUGAUCGCCGAGGGUGGUUUUGCAUUUGUCUACGAAGCACAAGAUCUAGGCAGUGGGAAAGAUUAUGCAUUAAAGAGGCUGCUUUCUAAUGAGGAAGAAAAGAACAAGUCCAUUAUUCAGGAGAUAUGUUUUAUGAAAAAAUUAUCCGGCCAUCCCAACAUAGUCCAGUUUUGCUCAGCAGCAUCAAUAGGAAAAGAGGAGUCAGACACAGGCCAAGGGGAGUUUCUUCUUCUUACGGAACUUUGCAAAGGACAACUUGUGGAAUUCCUAAACAAGGCAGAAAGCAAAGGGCCUCUCUCAUGUGACACAGUGCUGAAGGUUUUCUACCAAACCUGUCGGGCAGUUCAGCACAUGCAUAAACAAAAGCCUCCAAUUAUCCACAGAGAUCUCAAGGUAGAAAAUCUGUUAGUUAGCAGUCAAGGCACAAUUAAAUUAUGUGAUUUUGGUAGUGCCACUACAAUUGCACAUUACCCAGAUUACACCUGGACAGCUCAAAAGAGAGCAGCAGUUGAAGAUGAGGUAACACGAAACACAACGCCAAUGUACAGAACUCCAGAAAUAAUAGACCUUUAUUCAAACUUCCCAAUAGGAGAAAAACAAGAUAUAUGGGCUCUUGGCUGCAUUUUGUAUUUGCUGUGCUUCAAGCAACACCCCUUUGAGGAUGGCGCAAAACUUCGCAUAGUUAAUGGCAAAUAUUCGGUUCCACAGAAUGACACCAGAUAUACGGUCUUCCACAGCCUUAUCUUGUCCAUGCUGAAGGUGAAUCCUGAUGAAAGAUUGUCAAUUACAGAGGUAGUCAGCCAGCUCCAGGAAGUAGCCGCUGCUAGAAAUGUGAAUCCUAAAUCUCCUAUAACAGAGCUGCUGGAACAAAAUGGUGGCUAUGGUAAUACUGUGAAUCAAAGGUCAUCAAGCGUUAUACCACUGACUCCCAAGCCUAUUGGACUUUCAGGACUCAAUUCUGCUGAUGAUGUGGGAGGUUUCUUUGACAUCUUGAAAGGAGGAACAGAACGAAUCCUAAGUAACAUUAAAGAUACUUCUUCAAAAGUACUUCAGUCCAUGACCAAUUAUGCAAAAGGAGAUUUGGAUUUAUCUUACAUAACCUCAAGGAUUGCUGUUAUGUCCUUUCCGGCAGAAGGUGUGGAAUCUGCCAUUAAGAACAAUAUUGAAGAUGUCCGUCUGUUUCUGGACUCUAAGCACCCAGGGAGUUAUGCAGUAUAUAACCUAUGUCCACGGAAAUACAGACCAGCAAAGUUUCACAAUAGGGUGUCUGAUUGCGGAUGGUCCGGCAGACGCGCUCCAAAUCUCAUGAACCUGUACAGUAUUUGUAAAAAUAUGCAUUUGUGGUUGAAACAAGAUCAGAAGAAUGUCUGUAUUGUCCACUGUCUGGAUGGGAAAGCUGCAUCUGCCGUUGUUGUUUGCGCCUUCCUGUGUUACUGUCGUCUAUUCACUACUGCAGAAGCUGCUGUUUACAUGUUCAGCAUGAAGCGUUGCCCACCUGGCAUAUGGCCUUCUCAUAAGAGAUAUAUAGAAUAUAUGUGUGACAUGAUUGCCGAGGAGCCGAUCAUCCCGCACAACAAACCUAUCCUGAUCAGGUCAAUUGUAAUGACCCCAGUGCCUAUGUUCAGCAAACUGCGCAGUGGUUGCAGACCGUUCUGUGAAAUCUAUGUUGGGGAUGAGAGAGUGGCAACAACUUCCCAAGAAUAUGACAAAAUGAUGGAAUUUAAAACCGAGGACUGCAAAGCUGAAAUUCCACUUGAUGUAACUGUACAGGGAGAUGUCCUGAUUAUUAUCUAUCAUGCAAGGUCCACGCUGGGUGGCCGAUUACAAGCAAAGAUGACGUCAAUGAAGAUGUUCCAGAUUCAGUUCCACACAGGCUUUGUUCCUCGGAAUGCCACAACUGUGAAAUUUGCAAAGUAUGACCUUGACGCAUGUGAUAUACAAGAAAAAUACCCUGAUCUCUUUCAAGUAACUCUUGAAGUUGAGGUGUCUCCUCGAGAUAGACCUGCUGAUGUCACUCCACCCUGGGAAAAUCUGAACACAAAAAGAUUAAAUCCCAAGAUUCUCUUUUCAACCCGGGAGGAGCAGCAAGAAAUCUUGUCUAAAUUUGGAAAACCUGAAUUACCCAGGCAACCAGGAUCAACUGCUCAGUAUGAGGCUGAAAACUCCCAAGAAGAAAAGUCUCCGGACUCCAAUACACUCCAUCAAAACAACUUUUUUCAAACUCUUGACUGGCAAGAUCAAAUGGAAGGGAGAGAUGUUGACAUUGGCGAUCAGGAAUAUAUACAGAGAGACUAUCACAAUGAAGGCACAAGUGACACGAAAAGUGAACCAUCUGAUGAAGAGUUUUACUCUUUCUCUCAAGAGCAUAAUAAAGGGCCUUCUGAAGAAACAGGGUCAUCUGCCAACACAAAAGAUUCCGAAACCGAAGAGGUUUUGUUUGAAGCAGAUCCUGACUCAUUUACUGUAGAGUCUUCAAAACCUGCAGGCGAAGAUGAAGCAGAUCUGCUGGGACUUCAUUCAACAGCUGUAACUUUGGACACCAAUAGCUCGUCCUCGGAAAUAAAGAAUUCCACAAGUAAUGCAGUUUUAUUGGACAAUUUGUUUGCUGACAAUUUAUUACCUGAUAAUAUGACAUCAGAAUUCAAAGCAACAGACUUACUAGGCGGAGGAGAAGAGAACUUCUUUUAUAGUGGACCUCCUCAGCCCAAAGCAGGAUCAUCAAGCACUUCAUUUGAGGUUCCUCUGUCAUCUUCUGAUAUAUUUGAUCCGUUUGCAACCACUAUAUCAGAAAGCAAGUCUAGUGGUCCUGAUCUUUUUGAAGGCUUGAUUAGUCCACACUCCGCAUCUUCGCCCAAUGUUUAUCCAUCGGCUAAAAGUGCUGCACCAGCUACCAACAUGGACUUUUUGAAUUUGGAUAAUUUAUCAACCCCACAAGUGAAAAUGGUUUCAUCUGCAAGCAAUCCAGACCUUCUGAGUGGAUGGAAUUCAUGGGAAGAACCUUCGGGGAACAACAAUUUUUUCGUCCCACAAACUAAAAAAAGUGCUUUUGAAGGCCCAGCUUUUACUUCCACAAGUCAAUUGAGUACAUCUUCGAGUGCAUCAUUUAACCAAGCAAAGUCCUCAAGUUUUGACCCAUUUGCUGAUCUUGACAACCUUAGUUCUUCUAUUCAAGGAUCAUCGUCUCAAAAAUUACCCCCACGUUCUACUGAGAAGCCAUCUCAGAAGUCCAAUCCAUGGCAAGCAGGAAAACCUCAGACAAGCAGUAACGCAUGGCAAUCCCAACAGAAGCCCGUCAUUCCCUCAAAGCCGAACUACACUGUGAAUUUCAGUGUAAUUGGAGGGAGAGAGGAAAGGGGCAUCAGAGCUCCAGGUUUUGGACCAAAGCCAAAGGUUUCAGAAAGUGACUUUGGGGAUCUUCUGUCUAACCAAGGGUUUUCCACAAAAUCAGGAAAGCAAGGUCCAAAAACAAUCGCUGAAAUGAGAAGACAAGAGCUGACCAAGGACAUUGAUCCAUUGAAGCUAAAAAUUUUAGAUUGGAUUGAAGGGAAGGAGAGAAAUAUAAGAGCAUUGAUCUCCACUUUACACACGGUGUUGUGGGAAGGGGAAACAAAAUGGAAACCUGUCAACAUGGCUGAGCUGGUUACCCCUGAGCAAGUCAAAAAAUACUACAGGAAAGCAGUGCUUGUGGUUCACCCUGAUAAGGCAACAGGACAACCUUAUGAACAGUACGCCAAAAUGAUUUUUAUGGAGCUGAACGACGCCUGGUCCGAAUUUGAAAAUCAAGGAUCACGAUCCCUUUUUUAAAAUGCAGCUGCUCGAUGGGUCUGCAUUCUUAGUGGAACUGACUGUUUUUGUUUGUCGGUCUGUUUUAUUCUCACACAUUUUAUUCUCCCAAGUACAAUGUACUUGUAUAAAGAAAACGGCCUAUGAAACAUUUUUCUUUAAUGUCGGGCACAUGUCUGUCUCUGUUUUGUAAGUGCAUUCCAAGCGACGUACGUAGGGCAUUUUCCAUUUUUUUUUUUGUUCGGUGCAGUUUAUGUAUCAGACAUAUAACUCUAUUGUUUGAUUAUGGAAUUUUGAUCUGACACUUUCUUUCCCUGAACAAUCAAUGGUAGGUGUACAUUUCUCAAUUGUAGUAAAUACAUAAUCAUUCCCAUUGUAUUGUACAUAUAAAUAAAACAGUUUUCUUCAAGUCCUUGUGGUUGGAAGUGAAUAACUCCUAAUUAUAAUAUUAAGCAUGAAUGUAUAUUAAAGGUGCAUAACCAAUGAUGGGUAUUUGAAAGGCAGCAUCAGCACAUGCCUUAAGGGGAAGUCUCAUGGGGAGAGAAAAAUAUUUUUUUUUUCUUCAGCAUAAAUUACAUUGUUGUAUAAAGUAAUGCAGGUUAGCAUUGACAACCUGAUUUUGUUCCAAUAAACUUUGCUUAUAUGCAAACCUGA